AUAAGCUCUGGAGAAAAAAAAAAUGAAGAAAAACAUUUAGUUUGAGUUUUCUUUUUUAAAUAAGAGGAAAUUGUAGAAGGUGAUGAAGUUGGCCUAAUGCAAACAUAUCUGAUAUUCUUAAUUCCUGAAUUGCAAUGUAAAUGCUGUUGCUGAACUUGCAUGAAACAAAUAUGUUGUUGACUCAUUCUUUGUUCUGUUUCUUAGAUCCAGUAACACCUUUUCUCCUACUUAUAGAAGUUGCUAAGGUUUCUCUUGAUUUGGGGACACUGCUGGAAACAGCUUCUGUGGGCAAAAAUGGGCUGCCGGGAUGUUCAUGCAGCGACCGUACUGGCCUUCCUCAGUGGAACAGCCUCAGUAGCUGGACUACUUGCAGCAGUUCUGCUUCCAAACUGGAGGCAAAUGAGAUUGUACACAUACAACAAGAAUGAGAGGAAUGUGACYGUUUACACCGGACUCUGGAUUAAGUGCGCGCGCUUUGAUGGGAGCAGAGACUGUGUGAUCUAUGACCCACAGUGGUACACGGCUGUCGAUCAGCUGGAUUUGCGUGUUCUUCAGUUUGCCCUUCCUCUCAGUAUGUUUACUGCUGUCUCAGCUCUGUUCCUCUGCAUGAUUGGCAUGUGUAACACAGCCUUUGUGUCGAGUGUGCCAAAYGUCAAACUGGCCAAGUGCCUGGUAAACAGUGCGGGCUGCCAUCUUGUAGCUGGCCUCUUGUUCCUGCUUGCCUGUGCCAUUUGUCUCACUCCAUCCAUCUGGGUCAUUUUUUAUAAUAAUUAUCUGAACAGAAAAUACGAGCCCAUCUUUAGCUUUGACAUCUCUGUAUUUAUUGCCAUUGCCAGUGCUGGUGGUCUGUUCUUCACUUCCAUCAUGCUGUUCCUGUGGUACUGUGCGUGCAAAAGUCUSCCUUCUCCUUUCUGGCAGCCCCUGUAUUCCCACGCCCCCAGCAUGCACAGCUAUGCCUCUCAGCCGUACUCUGCACGYUCUCGCCUCUCUGCCGUAGAAAUUGACAUUCCUGUUGUGACACAUUCAUCUUAAGRAGACAAAGUCUUGGAAGCCAAGUUCUUGUGUUCCUUCAGGCCAUGAAAAUUGGCUGUGCUGCCCUGCACUGAGCAUAAUCCUUURUAAGGUCAAAUUUCCCAAGGCACAAAGCCUUGGAGGCCUGAGUUCAGCAAGUCUGUUGCUGUUCUGGUCUGUUACUUCCUGACCACCUUUCUUUUUUUUUUAAUUUUUUAAAAAAUAUUUUUACUCUGAGCUCACUACAGUCAAAGUUGCUGCUAAUGCUAGAACAGUACACUAACAACAGUAUGCAUCCAUUCUUUUGCUUACUGAUGUCAAAGCAGGUUCGAACCUCUUUGAAAUUUGAUAAGCUAUUCCUAGAUUCUGAUCCCACUGKAAGACCUGUGCACCCAUGUAUUGUGCAGAUGCAGGCAGUGGAACUGGGUUUAGGGGGUUCACUGAGUUUCUUGUUCAUCCAGACAUGCAUACUGUAAUAUGUGAUGUCUGGAAAGGGUGUUUGGUAGACUAAUUCAAUUCUGUGCAUCAUUCUUUGUUUUCCAGUGUAUACACAAACAGAUGCCUUCUUAGGAAUUUCUGUAACAKAAUUAGUGCCAAAGGACCCUUUAUUUUCAGAAUAGCUAUCAGAAGCACUAAAACUGAUUUGACUAAGAAUGUUUUUCUCUGCUGUAAUAGCAUUUUGUGAAUUACUGGAGGCUAGAAUUUUUUUGUGAAUUUUAUUUCUAGUUUGUUUUUUACUAAGUUAGCAAAUUCACUAGAUCUAUUUUAUGAUUAAAACAAAAAACACUAGUGUUUAAAAAUUCUGGUUAGAACCUUAAAUGUUUUAUUUGAAGGCCUUCUUAAAAAAUGGAUUUUUAAGUAGGAUAUAAAGUGUUCAGUUUUGGAGAGAAAUGUCACUAACUGCAAAAAAGAUUAGGAAAAUUAUAAAGAAUUCUGACAACUAUGAAAGAUCUUUCAAAACACUGUAUACAAGUUAUACCAACAUCUCUCUAAAAGGGAAUUAUAACCCUGGGGAGAGAUUUUUUAAUCUAGAUUUUUUUUAAGUGUAUAUUCAAGAACAAUGAGCUUGUGUGUUUUUCAGAGUUGAUCUUUAUGGUUGAUGGACUUUUCGUGCUGUAGUUUAUUUCACUAAUGAUGAAGACUUAACCUUUUCAACCUUGUUCUUCAAUACCUUUCAAAUUCAACUAUUUUAAAAAUGAGUUAUUUCCCAUGCUAUCACGUCAUAAAUGCAGAAAGUUUCCUAUUCCUAUUUUCCAUAAGAUGAGGUUUUGAGUAACUGGUGAGCUUCAUUUUGUAGCUCUAYAAGGAUGAGGAGGCAUUGUAAAUUCCCAAUGUCUUUAAAUCACUUUUUUUCUUCUAAAAUGCAGAGMAGCAGGUGAGCCCUAAGGAUCAAAGUUCUUCAGUAUGGGCUUUGAAAUUACUUGAAAUUUGAUGACAGUGAGUUGAAGAGUGCUAUAAUUAAAGCAAGUAUUUGAUUCUCUCGGGUUUUGGUAARUUGGGAUCUUAUGUUUAAGAUGUCAUCCCAGUAAGGAAAGUUGUUUUGAUUGGUGGCAUUCUGGAGCUUAGUGGAUAUUUGCAUUUCAUUAAUMCCAGAAUAAAUUUGUUUUUCUAAAAAAAUCACAUUGAGUUCUGUAAUUACAGUUUGGAAAAUUCAUCCAAGAUCUUGAAAACCACUUAAUUUCUUCCUCUAGGUGUUAGAAAUAGAAACAAGUACUGUGCUGGGCAAAUAYUGUUUUGUUAAAAUCUGUGAAAUAACAGCAUGUAAAGAAGGAUUGUGUUCUAGCUGGUAGAUCUUGGAUUUGAGAGGACUGAGGGAGGAAGCUGAUCUCAGUCAUAAAUUCCCAGCAUAGUCAGUAAAAGUGACAGGCCUUUAAGGCAGAAAGCUUGAUUAAACAGCAAUCUUAAGGAGACUUAUGUAGACAAUAAAGAAUACAUAAGGAGAUACGUUUCUUAAGGCAUAAACAUGAGUUUAAUGCUCUCUUAGGUUUGAUAUGAAGUAUGUUUUUUAAUCAGAUCAUGACUUGAAUGGAAUUAAAGCAUGUGUAAUGACAUGCAAGCCAGUUUUUUUUCCUUCAAAACUGAACUUUGCUUUACUGUUUCUCUGGUUGUCCAGCACUGUUGCUGGUUUAGCUGCCUAUAUCCUUAGAUGCUUCAUAAAGUCAAAGCAAAGAGGCCGCUGGUUUGUGAUUUCACGUUACCUUGCUUCGCAUCACUUUGGUGUCUUUUCUUCUUUGUGCCUUGUUUCAAUUAUGAGUUGGACAGUAAAUGUUACAGUCAGUGUCUGAUAUGCUCUUUGAGCCUGAAUUUGCAAAGCAUUUUGAUCAUUUUUGAGAGAUGAUGAGUUUGUCUCUUGGUGACUUUAAAAAGGAGCUGAAUUUUCAGCAUCUCCAUGAACAAGAGUGACAGCCUGGCAAACUUGUUUUCUACAAUAAUGUAAGUUUAGCCAGUGUUGUUUUCUGUGCACUUUAAUAGCAGAUGCCUCUGACAGCUCUUUUGUAUUAUGACUUUGAUUUUUAUGCACAGAACUUUCAAUUAAUAUUUGCUGCUGCCUAAGCUGAUAACUCSUUGCUUUGAAAAUUGUCUUUCCAAAAGUCAGAGAUGAAUGAGUUAYGAAAAGUGGGGCUCCAGAAAGGUAUGGAAUCCAGCAUGGAUUUCAGUUAGCAAAAAGACUGUUGCAUCAUGUUCUAUCACCAAAGCACGGCUGGUUUUCUUUYGCCAACGCUGUUAAUAUGAGUUUUUCUGCUGGAUCCUAAGUGAAAUUAACUGGAAGUGCUGUGCUGUAUUUCCUUUGUUGCAGAAAGAGGUGGCUAACCUGUGACACUUGAGCCGAAUGCCGCUUCAACUUUUUUUUUUUUUUGCUAAGGUUGCCAUCAUGCCCAGCACCAGGGCUGGGGAGUGACAGGCUUCCCUGGGUUUGGAGAGAACACAUAUAUCCUGCAAAUGUGUCCACCAGGGAACAGCCUCUGGGGAGCACUUAGCACCCCUGCCUCUGAUCAGCUGCRCCUUGCUGGGCACUGCUGUGUGCAGGAUAAGCACUCUGAGUCUUGAAAGAUUUUAAUUUGUAGCUCGUGCYGUCAAAUGUUGGGUGCUCUGGGAUUACAGGAACCUGUGUUUUUUCAAGUAGUUCCUGUCCAACUACUUUUGUGUUUUGUUACAGUGUUGGUUCUUUUUAUGUGAAACAGAAAAGAUGUAUUUUUAAUAAAAGAGUCUUGUACA